AUGGCGUCGACAACAUGCUUGAGUGUCUUCGUAAGCUUGCUCAUCAUCUUCAUCUGGACAUCACUGGCAUCAGUCUUCCUGGAUCCAGAUGAAGCACGCAGUGUCCUGGUGCGUACCAGGAGGUUCAACUCGGGCUGGAUGGAGGAACUGCAGAGGGGCGAUCUGAAGAGGGAGUGUCUGGAGGAGAAAUGCACAUAUGAGGAAGCACGGGAGGUGUUUGAGCAUCAAGAGGCCACGGAUGAGUUCUGGAAGACAUACAGCAUUCCAGACAGCUGUGCGUCCAGUCCGUGCUUGAACGGGGGAAGCUGCUCAUCCCUGACGGCGUCUUAUAACUGCCUGUGCCCACCGCUUUUCAGUGGCCUCAACUGUGAGCUCAAUGAUCGGGCCGGGCCAGACACAUGCCUGCUAGAGAAUGGAGGCUGUGAGCACUUCUGUGAUGAACACGAGAGGGAAGUAAGACUCAACUGCUCCUGUGCAAAUGGAUACUUCCUGAACGCUGAUGGGCGGAACUGCAUGGCCAAAGACUCAAUACCAUGCGGCGUGACCCCAGCCCUUCAGGAUCCAAACAAAGCCAAGCAGCUUGACCCUCGAUCUCGGAUUGUCGGUGGAAGGGAGUGUCCCAAAGGUGAAUGCCCCUGGCAGGUGUUGCUGCUUUAUAAAGGCAAAGGUUUAUGUGGUGGAGUAAUCAUUGAACCCAUGUGGAUCCUCACAGCCUCUCACUGCCUCGAGGAUGCUGAUGCCCAGUUUCUAAAUGUGGUUGCAGGUGAGCAUAACACCGAGGUGGAGGAGGGAACAGAGCAGGUCAUCCAGGUGUCUCAAAUCCUCAUGCAUGAGCGCUAUGAAAAGAAGACAGCCGACAAUGACAUCGCCUUGCUGCGACUGGCCUCACCUGUGGUUUACACGCCAUACGCCGUGCCAGUCUGCCUGCCCACAAAGACUUUGGCUGAACGUGAUCUUUGGGCCAUCAGAAUGCACACAGUGAGCGGUUGGGGGCGGCGAAUCGAAAACGGCCCCACCUCACAUCUGCUGCGCCGCCUCACGGUGCCUCGCAUACGUACGCAACAGUGCAUCCAGGAAAGUGGCUUGCAGAUCACUGAGAACAUGUUUUGCGCCGGAUACCUUACGGGCCAGGAGGACUCGUGUAAAGGCGACAGUGGCGGGCCCCUGGUGACUCAGUACAAGAAGACUAGGUUCCUGCUGGGGAUUGUGAGCUGGGGGAAAGGCUGUGCGCGGCCGGGCCACUAUGGGAUCUACACGCGCGUGUCCAACUACCUGCAAUGGAUAAGCAAACACACAGCGUCUCCCCUACAAGUCACAAACAACACACAACUUGCGUUGCACAAUCUAACCAGCUGA